CGCGUAUAUGACUUUGACGUACACAUCAUGCGUUGUAUAUAGCCAGCCAACCCGGUUCUCACCGCUACCUGUUGUGUGUCGGUGCCGCGUCUCGUGCAGCCAAACUAGAUCCGAUGGCGACUCCCCCCUCCAAGGGCAUCACCGUUCCCGCCUCUCUCCUCAUCCUCACCGCCGCCGCCGCCUUCCUCCUCUUUCUCCUCCUCCCCUCCCUCUCCCCUUCUUCCUCCAAUGCUCCCUCCCUCUCUUGCCCCACCACCGCCGCCGCCGUCGCAGCGACCACAAGGCCUCCAGAUCCAAUCUCCCCCACGCCCGACGACAUCGCCUGGCUCAAAUCUCAACUCGCCCGCAACUCCAUCCAAGAACCCCCGUCCUCCCCCGCCGCCUGGCACUCUCUCCGCAAAGGCAUCAACCCCCGCACCCGCGCCCAGCAGCUCGAAGACCUACGCCGGUUCAAGGGCGUCUCUCACUACGAGGGCGACGAUGCCGGCAACCACACGGCCCUCCCAUGCCCUGGGGAGCUUCUGGUGGAGGAGCACCACAGUAAUUACGGCGAGCCGUGGGCCGGCGGCCGCGACGUCUUCGAGUUCCUCGCUGCCGCCGCCUGGCUCGCGCCCGCCGACCAUGUGCUCGAGAUCGGGUGCGGCACGCUCCGGGUCGGCCUCCACUUCAUCCGGUACCUCGACGCGGCCAGGUUCCACUGCCUCGAGCGAGACGAGCUCUCCCUCAUGGCCGCGCUCCGCUACGAGCUCCCUUCCCAGGGCCUCCUCCACAAGCGGCCUCUCAUUCUCCGAGGGGAGGACAUGGAGUUCGAUCGAUUCGGAUCCGAUGUUGUCUACGAUCUCAUAUAUGCAAGCGCGGUGUUCCUCCACAUGCCCGACGCGCUGGUCUGGGAGGGGCUGGAGAGGUUGUCGGGGAGGCUGAAGCCGGAGAAAGGUCGAAUCUUUGUGUCUCACAACAUCAAGUUCUGUUCACGACUGGGCGGCGACGUGUGCACCGAGAGGCUCUCGAAGUUGGGGUUGGAGUAUGUAAGGAAGCACACGCACGACAGCUUGCUGUUCAGCCAUUACGAGAUCUGGUUCGAGUUCAGAAAGAUGGCCUAGUGUGCGUCCAUGGUUGCUGGAUUUUGGGGCAUCGGUUGUACGCCAGGCAGAACAGGCAUUGAUAUGCAUCGAGAUCAAGGCACUGACUGAAACAUGAGGAAGGCGAUGGAGUGGCUCACAUCUUUCUCCUGGUCGCAAGUGCAAAACCACCUGGUGAGGCUGUUUGGAUCUUCAAGCCGCGGCAAGUAGGAAUAGUGUUGUAUUUUUUUUACUGGCUCGGAAGAAUUCUUUAGAAUGCAUAGUAUUAAUUGUUUCGCUGCUCCA